AUGGCUAGGGAGAGGUUGAGGCAGGAAUUCAAGGACCUUAAGCAGUUAAAUAUGUCCGUGGCCGAAUUUGAAGCGGCUUUUUCUAGUUUGUCCCGAUUUCCACUGGAAUUGGUAGCGAUGGAGGAACGUCGUUGCUUUGAGUUUGAGCGGAGGUUGAGGACAAAGAUUUUGUUCAAGGUUGCCAGGAACAUGAUCCGAGGGUAUGAUUGCCUUGUGGAGGCGGCUACACAUGUGGAGAUUACGAUGGAGGCCGAGAAGGAGAGACUUCGAAAUUCAAAGUCUAGGGGCCAUGGAUGGCAGGGAGAUUAUAGGCUCAAUAAGAAGAGUAAGAGUGCCUUUUCAUUCCAGUCUCAGCAGCAACAGUCUAGAUCCACCUUUCCCUUGCCUAGUGCGGGCUCGGAAAGGGGUGUACCGAGUGGGGUUUCUUGCUUCAAAUGUGGCCAGCCGGGUCACAAGGCCUUUGCAUGUCCGCAGAAAGGGGGAGGAUAG